AUGGGUGAAGAAAAAGAAGUAGAAAAGGCUCAUAUCAACAUUGUGGUCAUUGGAGAUGCAAAUUCUGGCAAGUCAACUACUGCAGGCCACUUGAUCUACAAGCUAGGUGGAAUUGACAAGACUGUGAUCGAAAGGUUCGAGAAAGAGGCUGCUGAGAUGCACCAAGUUGGAGUCAAGUAUGCUUGGGUGUUGGACAGGCUCAAGGCAGAGCGUGAAAGGGGUAAUACUAUCGACAAUACAAUGUGCAAAUUCGAGACCACUAAAUAUUACUGCUCUGUCCUUGAUACUCCUGGACAGCAUAGGUUCAUCAAGAACAUGAUCACUGGAACCUCCCAGGCCGACUGUGCCCUUCUCAUCGUUGAUUCUGAACGUUUUGAAUAUGGAAUGACCACCGGACUUAUUCGUGAACACAUUUUGCUUGCAUUUAUACUUGGUGUCAAGCAAAUAAUUUGCUGCUGUAACAAGCUAGCUUUGUUAUUUGUUGUUUUGCAAAUGGAUGCUACUAGACCCAAAUACGCACAAUAUAGGUAUGAAGAUAUUGUCGAAGAUUUGGAGUCCUACUUCAUGAAAGUCGGAUAUGACCCUGACAAAAUCCCAUUUGUCCCAAUUUCUGGUUUUGAGGGCGAUAACUUGACUGAGAGGUCACCUAACCUAAAAUGGUAUAAGGGUCCAACUCUACUUGAAGCCAUUGACCGAAUCAGUGAGCCAAAAAGACUAUUUGACAAGCCUCUCCGCCUUCCAGUUCAUGAUGUCUACCACAUUAGUGGGAUCGGAACUGUGCCUGUGGGACGUGUUGAAACUGGUGUGAUGAAGCCAGGUAUGGUGGUCACUUUUGGCCCAAGUGGAUUGACAGCUGAGGUCAAAUCUAUUGAGAUGCACAACAAACCACUGCUUGAGGCAGUGCCAGGAGACAGUGUUGGUUUCAGUGUUAAAAAUGUUGCAUCGAAGGAUCUUAAACGUGGGUAUGUUGCUUCAAACUCUAAGGAUGAUCCUGCAAAGGGUGCUGCUAGCUUUACUUCUCACGUCAUCAUCAUGAACCACCCGGGUCAAAUUAGAAAAGGGUACACACCAAUGCUUGAUUGCCAUACCUGUCAUAUUACUGUUAAGUUUGCUGAGCUAUUGAGCAAGAUUGACCGGAGGUCUUUUGAGGAGCUGGAGCGGGAACCUGAGUUCUUGAAAAAUGGUGAGGCUGGAAUGGUGAAGAUGGUUCCAACAAAGCCGAUGGUGGUUGAGACUUUCUCCGAGUACCCUCCAUUGGGUCGGUUUGCUGUCCGGGACUUGAGGCAGACUGUUGGUGUGGGCGUGAUCAAGAGCGUGGAUAAGAAGGAUCCAACUGGAUGA